GGGCAGAGCAUUUCCACGUCAGUGUAUUUACCGCAUCAGAUUGACAGCUUCCAGGAAAAGUGUUGAAUGAAGCUACUGAUGUCCUGUUUUAUCAAGAUUGGGUGAAUCAGUAGUGUUUGGACAUAUCGUGUUAAGAUGCAGUGGAAUACCAGAAAACUGUGUUUAUUUCUGUUCGCUGUAGAAAUUUGAAGUUUUGGAUUUUUGUGGUACUGUUUUGGCCGGCUAGCUACAUAAUUAGCUUGUAGUUAGCUGGGUAGCAUUAGCUACAGCAGGACUCCCGUCUUUGAAAUAAUCGCAAUCAGGGGACAGGAUGGUUGACAAGAAUAUCUACAUCGUCCAAGGUGAGAUUAGUACCGUAGUUGGUGCUAUCAAGAGGAACUCGAGGUGGAAUACACACACGCCGCUGGAUGAAGAGCAGGAUCCAUUGCUGAACAGUUUUGGCCAACUGAAAGAAACACUUAACUGCAUUAAAGAGCUCUCAGAUGUUGAACCCAACAUUUUCCUGAGGCCCUUUCUGGAAGUAGUCCGCUCUGAAGAUACCACAGGACCAAUCACAGGCCUUGCUCUCACCUCUGUCAACAAGUUUCUUUCCUAUGGCCUCGUUGAUGCUCACCAUGAAGCCGCAGCUGAGGCCAUUGAGAACAUGGCGGAUGCCGUCACACAUGCCAGAUUUGUGGGAACAGAUCCUGCCAGUGAUGAAGUAGUUCUUAUGAAAAUUCUACAGGUCCUGAGGACUCUGUUGCUGACACCGGUUGGAGCUCAUCUGACCAAUGAAUCUGUUUGUGAAAUCAUGCAGUCUUGCUUCCGAAUCUGCUUUGAGAUGCGCCUCAGCGAGCUGCUUAGGAAAUCCGCUGAGCAUACGCUGGUUGAUAUGGUGCAGCUGCUGUUCUCCAGGUUGUCCCAGUUUAAAGAGGAGCCCAAGAGUUUUGUGGGUGCCAACUUGAAGAAGCUGAAGAUGCGAGCAGGAGGGAUCAGUGAGUCAUCCAAAUGGAAGAAGCAGAAGCGCUCGCCAAGGCCUCCUCGCCACAUGGUCCGAAAUCCACCUGGUCAAAAUGACCCACUCCAGUCCACCACUCUAAGCAACAACAACUUAUCUUGUGGGGUGCCAUUCAUUGAACCAGGCUCCUUUACAUCUGCCUUACCGGCUUCAGACAGUGCUGGGUCAUCCAUCUGUAGCCCUACAACCACUGACAGUGGCCUGGACACUUGUUCGAAGACCACCUCAAGGGAAGACCUUUCUGACGUGGACCAGUGCAGCUCCUCUACAACUACACAAAUUACUGCUACCAUGCUUCCUGAGAUCGAGUCUGACAAUGUGGAUGCACAAUGUGAGUUCAGACAAGGUGAAGCUGUUCAAUCGGCCUCAGUGGAGUCGAUACCUGAGGUUCUGGAGGACAAAGACUCAGUUUCAGAGCACUCAGACAGUACCUCUGUCCAUGAAAUGGAUUAUGUCAACCCCCGUGGAGUUCGUUUCACACAGUCUACUCAAAGAGAUGGAGCGUCCCUCAUUCCGUAUGGACUUCCGUGUCUAAGGGAACUUUUUCGCUUCCUUAUCUCACUGACCAACCCCCAUGACCGCCACAACACUGACACCAUGAUGUUCAUGGGUCUCCAGCUGCUAACCGUAGCUUUGGAAUCGGCAUACAUUGCUAACAACCAGUCUUUACUAGGUCUGGUAAAAGAUGAGCUUUGCAGACAUCUCUUCCAGCUGCUGAGUCUGGACCGUAUGAACUUGUAUGCUUCCUCAAUACGACUUUGCUUCUUGCUUUUCGAAAGUAUGAGGGUGCAUCUGAAGUUUCAGCUCGAGAUGUACCUGAAGAAGCUUUUGGACAUCAUCACAUCAGAGAACAUGAAGAUGCCCUAUGAGAUGAAGGAGAUGGCCCUGGAAGCACUGGUCCAGCUGUGGAGGAUCCCCAGCUUUGUCACUGAGCUGUACAUCAACUAUGACUGUGACUUCUACUGCUCUAAUAUGUUUGAAGACCUCACUAAGCUACUGUCCAAGAAUGCAUUCCCAGUUUCUGGGCAACUCUACACAACCCACCUCCUCUCACUAGACGCUCUGCUGACAGUGAUUGACAGCACAGAAGCUCACUGCCAGGCCAAGGUGCUCAACAGUACUGUUCAGCAAGAACUGACAGAAACUGUUGUGGCAGAGUGCGAGGGUUCAGUGACAAGUGGAACAGACACUACAGUUGCAAUAAAUAAGUUUGGCAGUAACAAUGGACUGGAUCCUCCUCAGUCUGAAACAACACAUGUUUGCCCACCAACUAGUGGGCAUCUGAUGGCAGCCAAGAUGAGACUGGGCAGACAAGAUGGAGGAGACAAUGAUGCUGCUGAGAAGAGAGCUCCACAAAAGCCUCAGCGCUUCUCAUCCUUGUUACCUGAUUCUCAGGAGUUGAUGUUAAUCAGAACUAAGAAAAAGUUGUUGAUCACAGGCACAGAACAGUUUAACCAAAAACCUAAGAAAGGGAUCCAGUUCCUGCAGGAUAAAGGCCUUCUCAGCAGUCCCAUGGAUAACAACCAGGUGGCCCAGUGGCUCAGAGAAAACCCUCGACUCGACAAAAAGAUGAUUGGCGAAUUCAUCAGUGAUCGCAAAAACAUGGAGCUGCUGGACAGCUUUGUGAACACGUUUGCUUUUCAGGGGCUUCGAAUCGACGAGGCCCUGCGGCUCUACCUGGAGGCCUUUAGGCUGCCUGGUGAGGCUCCGAUCAUUCAGAGACUCCUGGAAACUUUCACAGACAACUGGCAUAAGGUGAACGGCUCUCCUUUCUUGACCAAUGAUGCUGGCUUUGCCUUGGCCUAUGCUGUCAUAAUGCUCAACACUGAUCAGCAUAACCACAAUGUCCGCAAGCAGAACAUCCCUAUGACAGUAGAGCAAUUUAAGAAGAAUCUAAAAAGUGUAAAUGGAAACAAAGACUUUGACCAGGACAUGUUGGAGGAUAUCUACAAUGCUAUAAAGAAUGAGGAGAUUGUAAUGCCAGAUGAGCAGACGGGUUUAGUGAAGGAGAACUAUGUGUGGAGUGUGCUGUUACACCGCGGCGCCACCCCUGAGGGGAUUUUUCUAAACCUGCCACCUGGCAGUUAUGACCACGACCUGUUCACCAUGACCUGGGGUCCCACCAUUGCUGCCCUCUCAUACGUGUUUGACAAGAGUCUGGAUGACACCAUCAUCCAGAAGGCCAUCACUGGUUUUAGGAAAUGUGCAAUGAUAGCUGCACAUUACGGCUUCAGUGACGUGUUUGAUAAUUUGAUCAUCUCCCUGUGCAAGUUUACCACUUUGAGCAGUGAGUCUGUGGAAAACCUUCCAACCGUGUUCGGCAGCAACAGCAAGGCCCAGAUAGCCGCCAGGACGGUGUUUGACCUUGCCCAUCGGCAUGGCAACAUUCUGAGGGAGGGCUGGAAGAACAUCAUGGAGUCCAUGCUGCAGCUGUUCAGAGCUGAACUCCUGCCAAAAGCCAUGGUGGAGGUAGAGGAUUUUUUGGAGCCAAACGGGAAAAUUUCUCUUCAGAGAGAGGAAACGCCUUCAAAUCGUGGGGAGUCUGCAGUGUUGAGUUUUGUCAACUGGUUGACUUUGAGUGGAGCUGAGCAGUCCGGACUCAGAGGACCAUCCACAGAAAACCAGGAGGCCAAGCAGGCUGCCAUUCUUUGCAUAAAGCAAUGUGACCGGAGAAAACUGAUCACAGAGAGUAAAUUCCUACAGCUGGAGUCUCUACAGGAUCUAUUGAAGGCUCUGAUAUCUGUUACUCCUGAUGAAGAGACUCAUGAUGAGGAGGAUGCAGCUUUCUGCUUGGAGAUGCUGCUUCGUAUUGUUCUGGAGAACCGGGACCGUGUGUCCUGUGUGUGGCAGACAGUACGUGACCAUCUCUGUCAUCUCUGCGUUCAUGCCAGUGAGAGCUGCUUUCUUGUGGAAAGGGCUGUGGUUGGGCUUCUGCGACUCGCAAUUCGCCUGCUGCGGCGAGAAGACAUCAGUGCCCAGGUUCUCCUCUCCCUUCGUCUCCUCCUGAUGAUGAAACCACACGUCUUGUCUCGGGUCAGUAGGGAAGUGGCCUUUGGCCUCCAUGAGCUGCUGAAGACAAAUGCAGCCAACAUCCACUGUACAGACGACUGGUACACGCUAUUCUCCCUGCUGGAGUGCAUCGGAGCUGGUGUAAAGCCCCCCGCCUCCUUCCAGCUCACCUCUGCCAGCACAGAGAACGACACAGGUGCUCAGUCAGACAGUGAACUGUCAAGUCACCACCCAAGUGAAGUAAGUUUAGAACGCGGCUAUACUUCUGACUCUGAGGUCUACACAGACCACAGCAAGUCCAGGAUGCCUCGAUCAACAACAGAUAUGGACGUAGCAAGCAGUGGAUGGCUCAUGGUGGGGAAAGAUGACCUAGAGAUGAGUAAGGCCCCUAUAGUAAGCACUAAAACCCAGCUGAACCACCCUCUGGUUAAUCAGUACAGUCUGACACUGGGUCAGGACCUGGGCCAACAUGACACAAAGUCCCUCAUUAAGUGUGUGGAAACACUUUCUUUCAUUGUUCGUGAUGCUGCCCACGUCACGCCUGACAACUUUGAGCUUUGUGUCAAAGCUAUCCGCGUUUUUGUGGAAGCCAGCCUUAAUGGAGGUUACCGCAACCAUGACAAAAAAAAGAGCCACAAGUAUGACUCCUCUAAGUCCAGAAUAAGGAAGAAAGCAGGGGGGAGAGAGAAGGACAGUGGAGGUGGCACCAGACGAGGCGGCAGCCGGGCAUCCAGCCAGCGUCUCUCACGUUCUCACAGUGAUGAUGAGGAAGAUGAAGGUGUCCCAGCCAGCUACCACACGGUGUUACAGGUUAGUCAGGACUUGUUAGACCUGAUGCACACACUGCACACUCGAGCUGCCAGUAUCUUCAGCUCCUGGGCCGAGGAACAACAGCAUCUGGAGGUUGCAAACAAGAAGAUUGAGGCUGAUUCUCAGACUUUAUGGAGCAGCUGCUGGUGUCCACUUCUGCAAGGCAUUGCUUGGCUGUGCUGUGAUGCUCGGAGACCGGUCCGUAUGCAGGCCCUCACCUAUCUGCAGAGGGCGCUGCUGGUCCAUGACCUGCAGACACUGGAUGCAACUGAGUGGGAGUCCUGCUUCAAUAAGGUACUUUUUCCACUGCUGACUAAACUACUUGAAAACAUCAGCCCAGCAGAUGUGGGUGGGAUGGAGGAGACCAGAAUGAGAGCCUGUACACUCCUGUCAAAGGUUUUCCUACAACAUCUUUCGCCUCUGUUGUCCCUGCCUACCUUUGCUGCCCUGUGGCUCACCAUUCUGGAUUUUAUGGACAAGUACAUGCAUGCUGGCUCAAGUGACUUACUGCUGGAGGCAAUCCCAGAGUCUCUGAAGAACAUGCUGCUGGUGAUGGAUACAGCAGGGAUUUUCCACAACACAGACUCUAGAACUGGAUACUCAGACCUGUGGGAGAUAACCUGGGAACGAAUUGUCUGCUUCCUGCCGUAUUUGAGGGAGGAGCUCUUCAAACAAACUGUCAUUCCAGAUCCUGUGCCCGGGGGUCCAGCAGAGCCUCUGCAGCCCACACCUCCAGGAGGCUGUCCUCCUUCACCUCAAGUACUUCCUUCUCCUCCCCAGCCUCCAUCCCCAGGCUCAGUCACUGCAACCCCAACAGAACCACAGAUCCCCAGCUGUCCAGAAUCACCCCAGGAGACCCUACUGACCAGUUCCAACGGAUGUGACCAAUUGACUCCAGUCCCACCAUCAGUUCCUCCCAUGUCAGUGAUGUUAACCACACCCACUGUUCAGGCUGCGUCACCCCUGAAUCAGUCGCCACUCAUUCUGCAGCCCCUCGCUUCCCCUCUGCAAGUGGGAGUACCGCCCAUGUCCCUGCCAAUCAUCUUGAACCCCGCCCUCAUCAAGGCCACCUCCCCAGUGCCUCUGCUUCCUGGUCACAGACCCACAAGUCCUUCUGAUGAUGUUAAAUAAGAACUCCAAAAACAGUCUCCCUGCGGUACCAACAGAUGUCGACCCGCCUGGUUGUCUCAUUAGUUUUCAACUCUGGACCCAAUAACUUAUAAUUUUUUAACACUUAUUUUCACACAACUCUUGUUGCAUGAGGAGAAUCAGCCCAGCACUGUUGGACAUGUAAAGAUGCUCUCAGUCAUUUUCUAGUUGUUUCUCAAACAAACAGCAGUAGUGUAGAAAUAUAUAAAAUAGAAACAUGUAGAAAUAACACAAUCGUAAUGCAUUUCUCGGGAAAAGCAAGUGAACCGUGGCUUAUCAUUCCUGCACGGAGUGCAACAGUUGGCUUCUCUGUCUGUGUACAAGACCUCUUCAGCAUCAUCCCUCAUGCAGAUGAUCACUUUAAGGGUGGCACCAUUUCAGUUUUACCACCACAGUUUGACCCUCUCCACUGACCUGGAUGACCUCAUAGUUGUCCAGGUGUGCCUUCAACUCAACCACAGAUGUUUGUAUUUUAGCUUUACUGCGUUUGGUCGAUUACAAUUCUUUAACUUUAUUCAGAUCUCAGCGUCAGGAUGAACUAAGUCAAAUGUUCUAAGAGCCAAAGACCCAACAUUUGUGAGCAUUUUCCACCCCUCAGAGACAAACAAGCUUUGAUUUCUGGGCACCUUAAAGACUCCUGCUAUGGAAAAAAGGGACAAACAUGCACGUUUACCCCAAUACCACUCCGCCAACAUUCCAAAGUGUAGCUACUGGAGUUUGCUGUGUGGUCGCUCCACUGUACGAGGGGACGUUGACCCUAAUUGUGACAAAUUUACACUUAAUGGUAACUAAUUAUUUAAAAUAGUACAUAACUGAUUUUAUCAUGUUUUUGUUUAAUUUGUUGCAUGAAACUCACAUUGUCCACAUUUACCACACGCCCAUGGCCAGUUCAAGCCUUUUUAAUGUAUAGAAACCUUCAUUACUUCUGUUCCAGUCACAUUUGUCAUCGUCCCAUAACAGUGGCGGGAAGGUUCUCUGAGUAACGUUAAAUGUUAUUUAUUUUGUAGUGGAAGAUGAGUUGUGCAUUUCAGGUGAUGUUUGAGGAAAUAGGCGGCCUUACAGUUAUCAUGACGACAUGCAGAGUUAGUGGGACUCACGUGGACGGGAUACGACAUCAGUUUCUACAUAUCAAUGAAAGCUUUUUACAUUGCAAUAAAUAUGACCAAAACAGUUCUUUCCAUUGUCACGUCUUCUUAAAAAAAUGGUGCAAAGUCUGAGUUGGAAUUCUGGUGUAAAACAUCUGUUUUUAUUUCAAAACGGAAUGAGACCCACAGUUUUUUGUUAGUUUUUUAGUACAGUAGUUGGAAGAGAAUCUACAGAGGCCAGAAAAAAAGAUGGUUAUAUUUGUACACGGAAUGUAAAAAACAUCAGACCAAAGGGAACUGUGUAUUUAAGUUAUCUAAUCUA